UGAAAAGCAGUGGUGGCCACAGAGGAGGCGGGAGAUGGUCUUCACCUGUGCCCAGCCUCCCUACCUGAACCCAGUCACCCCCUUCUCUGGGAUAAUCCAAGGGGGUCUCCAGGAGGGACUUGAGAUCACUGUCCGUGGAACUGUUUUACCCUCCAGUGGAACCAGGUUUGCUGUGAACUUUCAGACAGGCCGCAGUGACGAUGACAUUGCCUUCCACUUUAACCCACGGUUUGAAGAGGGCGGGUCUGUGGUCUGCAACACGAAGAAGAAAGGACUCUGGGGGCUGGAGGAGAAGAAGACACACCUGCCCUUUCAGAGGGGGAGUCCCUUUGAGCUCAGCUUCCUGGUGCUGAGCUCAUGUUUCCAGGUGAUGUUGAACGGGAGCCUCUUUGUGCAGUACCCACACCGUGUGCCCUUCCACCGCGUGGACACCCUCUCUGUCACCGGCGCUGUGCAACUGUCCUCCAUCAGCUUCCAGAAGCAAACAAUGAUCCACAGGGAGCUGAGCGCCCCUCAACAGAUGUCAGAGAUGAAUCCAUUCUUCACCUGCAUCCCGGGUGGCCUGUACCCCUCCAGGAGAAUCAUUGUGUCGGGCACCAUCCUGCCCAACGCUCAAUGGUUCCACAUCAACCUGCGCUCUGGGAGUGACAUCGCCUUCCACUUGAACCCCCGUUUCAAUGAGAACUCUAUGGUCCGCAACUCACUGAUCAACGGCUCUUGGGGGCAUGAGGAGAGAAGUCUGUGGGGACCAAUGCCCUUCAUCCAAGGCCAGAGCUUCACGGUGCGCAUCACAUGUAAAGCCCAUCGCCUCAGGGUGGCCGUGAAUGGAGUGUACAAGUUUGACUACAACCACCGCAUGAAGAACUUUCGCGCCAUCAACGUCCUGGAUGUAGCGGGUCACAUCCGGCUGACCCAUGUGCAGUUAUAGGCGGGAUCCCUGGUCUGGGCUCGAGGGCUGGGGCACGUUGCUGUCUGGAUCUGCUCAUCACCUCCACCUUCCCCGUCCCUGCCCCAGCCCCAGCCCUUCCCAGCCUGCAGAGGGUCUCUUUUCUGGGGAGACCACGCUCUUGUCUGGCCCUGCUGAGGCUGCUGCAGCCAGCCUGGAGUGCCGAGGGCAGCUGGCUGGGACCAUUUUCCUCAGUAGGGGCAGGACCGGGGGCCCCAGCUGCCCAAAUCCAUCCAUCUGAGGAGAGGGGUGGUCCACACAGGCUGCAGCCCCAGGUUCAGUUCCCUGGGCAGUAAGGGAGGGUGCUGGGCCUUCCCAAGUGCCCGACCCAGGCCCACACCCCGUCUGCCUCUCAGCUGCAUCCCCAGCCCAGUCAGCUCCAGUCAGCCCCAGGCCAGCAGCUCUUCACUCCCCAGGGGAGGCGGUCUCCUCGGCCCCUCCCUGUCUCCCAGCUUCAGCCUCUCCUGCACCUGCACCAGCCCUUCGCCCACUCCAGGAACGCUCCCUGAUGACACCCCACUGGUUUCCUCCAACUGAUGGGACCCUUCUCAGCAGGGGGCUCUCCCC